AUGGCACCUUCUGCGCUGCGAGAAUCUCCUCCGCCGGCCGUCACCAAGGCCGCCGGCCAGGCCCUCGAGGACAUGUCCGACGCCAUCGACGACGUCAACACCAUCAAGUACGACUCGGCCUCGCAGUUCGACACCACCAAGGACAAGACCACGUUCCGCCAGUACGAGUCGGCCUGCGACCGCGUCAAGAACUUUUACCGCGAGCAGCACGCCAAGCAGACCGUGGCCUACAACCUCGCCGCGCGCAACCGCUUCCACUCGGCCUCGCGCGUCCGCCCGGAGCUCACCAUCUGGGAGGCCAUGGAGAAGCUCAACACGCUCAUCGACGAGUCGGAUCCGGACACGUCCCUCUCCCAGAUCGAGCACCUGCUGCAGUCCGCCGAGGCCAUCCGCCGCGACGGCAAGCCCCGCUGGAUGCAGGUCACCGGCCUGAUCCACGACCUCGGCAAGCUGAUGCUCUUCUUUGACGAGCUCGGCACCCAGGGCCAGUGGGACGUCGUCGGCGACACCUUUCCCGUCGGCUGCGCCUUUGACGAGCGCAUCGUCCUCGCCGAGUCCACCUUCCCCGCCAACCCCGACAGCCGCGACCCCGUCUACUCGACGCCGCUGGGCAUCUACGCCGCGGGCUGCGGCCUGGACAACGUCAUGCUGAGCUGGGGCCACGACGAGUACCUGUACCACGUGGUGCGCGACCAGUCGACGCUGCCCGACGAGGCGCUCGCCAUGAUCAGAUACCACUCCUUCUACCCGUGGCACCGCGAGGGCGCGUACCGCGCGCUCAUGUGCGACAAGGACUGGGACAUGAUGAAGGCCGUGCAGGCGUUCAACCCGUACGACCUGUACAGCAAGAGCGAUGACGUGCCGAGCGUCGAGGAGCUCAGGCCGUACUACACGGAGCUGAUUGACGAGUUUUUCCCGCAAAAGGUGCUCAGGUGGUAG